CGGCUUGUCAUUAAGAUUGCAGAUUGCAAAGGAGAUGCAACCUUGGGCAGGCAGACAAUAAGGAGAAGGAGUUGCUGCUAGGAAUGAAAAAUGGAGGGGUGGAACUCACCAGGACCCAAAUUAGAGGAGGUAGAAGGAAGAGAGCCUCAUGUUGUCCAGGUGGGAACCAUCCGAGAUUUUCUGCCCGGGACUAUCCCACAGCCCAUCAAGCAAGACCCAGACGAGGGGCUACAACGAUGGGAAGCCCAGUGGCAAGAGUUCCUGAAGGCUAUGGAGCCUCCAAACUCAGGGCAAGAAAAGUGCCAACCUUUUCAGGCUUUGUUGGAGGCGGACAACCAGGAGCUCAAGGGAACAACUCGUGCCAGCCUGCGGCCUAGAGGAGUGUCUGAAGCCCAAAUCUCACCAGGUGUCCUUGGUGAAGGUCAAGAAAGCUUCCUUUCUCCUGUGAAGGUGAAGAGAGAGAUUCUGUGUGGUGACGAGGGCAGCUUGGAGAUGCAACGCCAGCGAUUCAGGCAGUUCCGCUACCAGGAGGGUGAGAGACCCCGAGAAGUCUGCGGGCAGCUCUGGGAGCUUUGCCAUCAGUGGCUGAAACCUGAGCGACACACCAAAGAGUGGAUUCUGGAGCUGCUGGUCCUGGAGCAGUUCCUGGUGAUCCUGCCCAAGGAAACACAGAGUUGGGUCAGGGAACGCAAUCCAGAGACCUGCACCCAGGCGGUGGCCCUGGCUGAGUGUUUCUUGAUAAGGUGGGAAGAGGAUGAAAAGCAGGAGGAAAAGAUACUGGGGCCUGUGGAAGAAGUAACCGUUAAUUCCCCCAAAUCUGAGCAGGGUCUAUCAGAUAUUGUGAAGCCAAAGUUCUCCAUGGAAACCAAGCUAGAGGGUGAUGUGAAGGAGAGCAUUCUGGAUGCUGAUGAACACAUGUGGAAGGGGACCUUUCAACUGGAGCAAGCUGAGCAAGUGGAGGUUGGUAGAAUGUUACCGAGAAGACCCAAAGGGACUUUUUUCCAAGUGGCUGAAAAGUCUGGAAUUCAACAGGGCUCAGAAAGUCACAAGGACAGUGAUCUGAAGACGAUGACAAAACAAACCGUUCUUUUUGAGGAUGGUGAGAGAGCCUUCCAAGAGGAUGUCCACACGAGUCAGCCAAAACUGGUAGCAGCCAACCUUUGUCUGGAUUCUUUUUUUCUCAAGACUCAGGAGACAGAGAGGAAAGAAAGGCUGUACAAGUGCACGCAUUGUGGGGAAGAAUUCAAUAGCACAUCUCACCUUAUUGUGCACCUGACAAGCCACACAGGAGAGAAACUAUAUGAAUACUCAGAUUGUGAGCAGAGUCAGAGAAUUCAUCUUGUCAGUCAUGAGAAGGCUCACACGGGAAAGACACUAUAUGAUUGUUCUGAGUGUGGGAAAAGCUUCAGUGACCUCUCAUGCCUCAGAAAGCAUCAAAUGAUACACACGGGCGAGAAACCGUUCAGUUGCUCACAAUGUGGGAAAAGUUUCACGCAGCGCUCUGUUCUUUGCAGACAUAAGCGAUCCCACACAGGAGAGAAGUCACACAUAUGCAUGGACUGUGGUAAAGGUUUCUGUGACAGAAAUUCCCUCAGCACACACCAGAGAGCCCACACAGGAGAGAAACCAUUUGAAUGUUCCGAGUGUGGGAAGCGGUACGGCUAUGCCCCGAACCUGGCGAGACACAAAAAACUGCACAAAGGGGAGAAGCCAUAUCAGUGCUUGGAGUGCGGCAAACACCUGUGUGAUAAGAAAUCCCUCAUUAUGCACGAGAGAACCCACACAGGGGAGAAACCGUACACAUGCUCAGAAUGUGGCAAAAACUUCAGCUGGAAAGGAUCCCUUCUCAUUCACAAAAGAACCCAUACAGGAGAGAGACCACACAAGUGCUCAGAUUGUGGCAAAAGUUUCUGUGAUAAACAGUCACUUAUUACACACAGGAGAGCUCAUACAGGAGAGAAACCGUACGAGUGCUCAAAAUGUGGGAAGCGAUUCGGUUACGCUCCUAACCUUGUCAGACAUAAGAAACUACACACAGGAGAGAAGUCGUAUCAAUGCUCGCAGUGUGGGAAAUGGUUCUCUCAGCCCUCGGACCUUCUAAGACAUGAGACGAUCCACACGAGAGAGAAGCCACAUAAAUGCACAGACUGUGACAAAAGCUUCAGCCAGAAGGCAUCCCUUAUUGGGCACCAGAGAACCCAUACGGGAGAGAAACCAUAUGAAUGCUCUGGGUGUGAGAAAAGCUUUUGCAGUUUUUCUGGUUUCCGUAAACAUCAGAGCAUACACACAGGAAUAAAACUGACGGGGCUUGGUGAAUAGGAAUGGCUGUGGCAUUAUACUCUGCUGAAAUCUUAGAUGUGGGGAAUGUAUAGAAGGGAAUCCUAAAUUUACUGAUCUGUAGUUACAAUUCACAGAUCUUCCCCACCCAUGCCCCUCCUUGAAUUAUCUCUGCGGAUGCCCUUGAUUCAGAAGUAUCUCAGAUAGAAGUAACUGGUGAAAAUCAUCUCGAUUAAAAGCUGCCAGGGCUCAAAUGAGCUCUUUGUAGGCCAGAUUUGGUCCACAGGUCUCUAAUUGGUUACCCCCAGAGCUAGAGAAAUUGAAUGAAAUCUGGAACAAGGUAACCAUCAACGCAAUGUUUGUACCUAAGUACUGAAUAAACAUUUGUGCACGCAGGGCUAGAUCCUAAACAUUUGUUACUUUUUAUAAAGGGAAAGGGUAUUGAUGCACAAGCAGUGGGUAAAUUCUGCUUCACUGCAGACAGGUUGGGUGUGUUGCCGCGCAAUCCUUUGCAUGCUUGUUCAGAAUUAAAUCUUGCUGUGUUCAAUGGGGCUUACCCACCUGAUAAGAGUGCAUAGGAUUAUAGCCUUAGAGGUUUUAGCAGUUCUCAAUAUUUCUGCUUCAUAUAUGUUAACCGACGUUACUUCUACGAAGCAGCUUGGGACGGGAUAAUUGACAAAUGCAUACAUCUUCCUGUUCCUUCCAUCAAAUUUUCUUCCUCCGACUUGAAUCCUUUCGCUCAUCUGAUCUGCAUAUCGAUAACCACCCUGUUGUUCUUCAGCUGCUGUGGCAUAGUGGCUAAGUGAUUGGACUGAAAAUCAGCACUCUGCUGGUUUGAAUCCCGCUACUACCAUGAGCUUGGUAGAUGGCCUUGAGUAAGCCAUUCCUCUCAGCCCCAGUUCCCCAGUUGUAUUGUGGGGAUAAUCAACACUAACUGCUCACCACUCUGAGUAGGGCGCCGAUCUGUCUAGAUCUGUCUAUAUAAGCACAGUUAUUAUUAUUAUUUUUAUUUUCAUCGGCGUUCUCACCUUGUAUUCUGCUUAAAUGUCUUCUGUUGGCUUUCCCAUCUCUUCAUUCUUUUGCUUUGGAUUACGUAUCUGAUCUUCUUUCUUUACCCCAUGCCCCCUUUUCACUCCCAUUGCUCUUCCAACACCCUUGAGACUUGAGAUUGUAUCCUCUAUACUCUGGCAGUGCUUAAAAUCCCAUGCUAUUCCUUACCUGUGGAAUGUUUCAUUCCUGGCUCUUUCUACCGGUGUACUGAACACCAGCGUUUCCUUCUGUCUUUCUCUAACAGACCCCCAUCCUUUUGCUUAUUCACCCAUUCUCCUAUCCUUCCCUGGAGAGUCUUAUCUAACUAAUCUGUGAAUUUGCUGUUUUUGACGUGUUCAUGCCGUUUGUGCAAAUGCUUUUCCAAAUGUGAUUUUUUAUUUUUUUUUAAAAAACGUGUGGUGGAAAAUGCCACAGAUCUUUACUUCUCUCUCUCAAGGAACCCUCUCUGAGACAGAGGUGCAUGGAAGGGAAUGGAUCCACACAGGUUUAAUAAUACUAUUUUGAUCUAUUGAUGUUUUUGUUGAAGUGUGGGGAGCAAAAAAAACAAACCCUACAGAUUGACAAAGUGUGUUCCUUUUGUUCUCUACCUUUAUUUAUUUAGAACAUUUAUAUACCACCUUU